ACGCGGGACUAGCGAUUGUGGCUUAUCCUCACCUCUUCAUCUCCAUGCCAAGCAUUUUCAAUCAAUCAAAACACGGACAUUAAUGGGGGAGGAGGAGCUAACAAUUACACAGCAAUCCUUGGGGUUCAGGUGUACUUUGGCGCCAAACUCUAAAAAGAUUGUACAGCAAGCACAGCAAGCGCUAUACGGGAAAGCACCAAAGCACUGCACACAGCACGGGGACAGAGAAACCCAGGGCAACAAAGAAGGAACAUAUCCAAAUCCUUCGACGCUUGCAGCGGCAUCUGUGCGGGUUGAGCAGCCACGUUUGGACGCCUUCUGUUUUGAUUUCUUGGCAUCAAGCAUCGCCCGUGGCUUCUCUCCUUCAAUCUUCACCUUGACACCUACUUACUCUGUACUUGGUACGGAUACAUGUACGGAUACUAAGGUAUCUGAGGUUAUCCACCAAUUUGCCUCUCGCCUCGCUUCCCUUUCCCAUCCACAAUUAUUUCGCAGCUGCCAAAGAGACUUGGUUGCAUCUCGUGCACCACCCACCGCAUCAACACCCAGGCCCUUGGUCUUGGCAUCCACAUAGCGACAUUGGCAUCCCAUCCCACUCAAUCAGCUCGACGUUGCGAGGCAGUCUUCUCAUUUCAGAUUGAUACCAGUCGAUUCGGAAUCUCGCGCACAUCAGACAACAAAGGAGGUCCAAGAGCCUUGUUCAAUUGAAUCAUCCGUACAACACGUUUCCUGGCCCCAUCUUGUACGGAUACCUACAAAAAACAGAAACCGAGGGGGAGGCGAAGGGGGGCCAAGCUAAACUGGACCACCACCAA